CUGCUCAUGGACUGCCGCGCGCAGGAGCUCUACGAGUCGUCCCACAUCGAGUCGGCCAUCAGCGUGGCCCUGCCGGGCAUCAUGCUGCGGCGCCUGCAGAAGGGCAACCUGCCGCUCCGCUCGCUCUUCUCCAGCAGCGAGGAGGACCGCGAGCGCUUCGCGCGGCGCUGCGGCACCGACACCGUCGUGCUCUACGACGAGAGCAGCAGCGACUGGAACGAGAACACGAGCGGCGAGACCGUGCUGGGGCUGCUGCUCAAGCGCCUCAAGGACGAGGGCUGCAAAGCCUACUACCUGGAAGGCGGCUUCAGUAAGUUCCAGGCCGAGUUUGCCCUUCACUGCGAGACCAACCUCGACAGCUCCUGCAGCAGCAGCUCCCCACCGCUGCCUGUGCUGGGCCUGGGGGGGCUCCGCAUCAGCUCCGACUCCUCCUCUGACAUCGAGUCCGACCUCGACAGGGACCCCAACAGCGCCACCGACUCGGACGGCAGCCCCCUGGCCAACAACCAGCCAUCCUUCCCGGUGGAGAUUUUACCCUACCUCUACCUGGGCUGCGCCAAGGAUUCCACCAACCUGGACGUUUUGGAGGAGUUUGGCAUCAAGUACAUCUUGAACGUGACCCCCAACCUGCCCAAUCUCUUCGAGAACGCUGGGGAGUUUAAGUAUAAGCAGAUCCCCAUCUCCGAUCACUGGAGCCAAAACUUGUCCCAGUUCUUCCCCGAGGCCAUCUCUUUCAUAGAUGAAGCUCGGGGCAAGAACUGCGGGGUCCUAGUACACUGCUUGGCAGGGAUCAGCCGCUCGGUCACCGUGACAGUGGCAUACCUCAUGCAGAAGCUCAACUUGUCCAUGAAUGAUGCCUACGACAUUGUCAAGAUGAAGAAAUCCAACAUCUCGCCCAACUUCAACUUCAUGGGCCAGCUGCUGGACUUUGAGCGGACUCUGGGCCUCAGCAGCCCCUGUGACAAUCGCGCAUCCAACCAGCAGCUGUACUUCACCACCCCUUCCAACCAGAACGUCUUCCAAGUGGACUCCCUGCAGUCCACGUGAGCCCCCGGGCCUGCGCCCCUCGAUUGGCUGGCUCGUGCCAUCAAUCCUCAGUGGUUUCUCUUUGACAGCGGCAAAGAAAUGCAGCUUUCUCUUUUGUGGUCCCCAGGGUGGGCAAGUAGCUGCCAGUGCCUGCUAGGCAAGGUUACGCAGUGCUGGGAUGGGCGAUCGCCAAGGGCGGCAACUUGCCAGAGUUCUCCAAGAAGGAACGCGUCCUAUUGCCGGAAGGGAGGCAGCAAACCGCUCAGUGCCCGCGCCCCCGCCUAUGCAGUGACUUGGAACUGAGGACUUCCAGCGCUUCGGGGGAGCCCAGGCAGCGUGAUGAGCACAUGUUCUCUAGUGACUGGAAACAUCCUACUUUCUUCUUUGCUUUCGGAUCUGGAUCUGUAACAUACAUCAUUGUCUUCAGUGAAGACUGUUUCUUUUUUCUGAAUUUAGAGGAGCCAAAGAGAGAGGUUUCAGCUCAAUGUAUUUGGAGUACUUGUUUGCCAGGACUCUGUAGUGUUUUACUCAAUGAAUGUAAAUAUUUAAUCUUAAAUCGAUUGGCAAAGUUUUUAUUUUUUUUAAUUUUCACAUACAUAAAAGAAAUUGGCCUAAGGGACAUCUGCAGUUUUGUUCUCUUUAUGCAUUUUUGUGGGUUUUUUUCUUUUCUUUUCUAUUGCAAAGAAUACAUUUGCAGCAUGCUUAAUUUGAUUGUUCAAUUGAAGUAAACUUUCUUUGACAGAAAAUGGCUAUCUAUGGUCAGAAGUUUGCAACUCGGAUUUUCCAAACAGGUGCAGUCUCUUUUUUUUCCCUCUUUCCCCCCGCCCCACUUUUUCUCCCCCCCAUGAUGAUUUUUCUUCCUUACUCCACUUAAUAUUUUUUUCCUCUCAUUCUUUUUAAAGUCUCUUUUUUUUUUUGCCUUACCUUUUGUAAAUAAGUCAUCUUGGAACAAGUUUGUCUUCAAACAGAUUUUUUUUUUCACUUUUUAAGAAUUUUCAGAUGUGCUAAACAGUGCAUUACCUCUGUACAAACUCUUCAGGGAGCUUCACUUCAAAUGCAAUAUUUUGUGUCUUUUUUUUUUUUUCUUUUUGUAUAAAACUGGAAGUAUGUGUGAGCAUGUGUACCUGUGUGUAUGCAAGGUGAACUUGCACAAGGUUGCCAAUAAGGGAGAGUCUCUAAUUCAUGGUGUAAAAGUUUAAAGAUGGAAUUUAUUAUAAGAAUGUAAAACCUUAAAUUAUUAAUAAAUAACUAUUUUUGGCUAUUGAAAA